UUCAAACGCUGAAUGUUACCCACCGAAUCAAAGUGUUGUUGUUUUGGAAUUCGAUCGCGCUCGAGUUUUUCGGAGAUUCUCGACUGGAAAAUGGUUACUAAACGAUGGCGUAUCAAAAAAUAAGAAACAUAUUGGAGGACACCAACCACCGAAUCGAAAAAUUGCACGUGCCUUACGAAAAUGAAUUCCGGAUGCAAAUCAAGUAUCUUCAUGUGAAAGAAAAGGACAUCCUUCGCCAGUUCAUUUUUGAACAAGAGUGGAACUUAGGUAGCUCGAAAGUACUGUCCAUGUUACAGGAAGCGGGAAUCGUUACUGCCUCCGAAUAUGUGCUUCGGCUACGCUCAAGCUCAGCGAUUCAACAGGUGAUGAACGAUCUACUGGAGGUUGAACACAUUCUUCUGGCCGAUAUCAUUAGCAACGCACACUUGGACACAUCCUACUCUACGACCCUCCGGGAAGUUCUUCACGACAGUUUCAAUUCCGUUCUGGACGACCUUAUCGCCGAACCCAAUGUAGUCCCGUGCAACUAUCUGGAACAGCUGAAAUCCCAUCUACCCGAACCGGACCUGACUCGGCUACGUACCCAACACCUGCAACUGCUUCUUGGGAAGGAGAAACUUCAUGCGUUAUCCGAGGCCGUUGGUCUGCAAGAGCAGUGGAGAGCGGAAUGCGAAGAUCGCCGAAGUACCACAUUAGGGCGAAUAAUGCUGGAAGUGGUACAAGACCAGGCCAACGCGAUCGAAACGCUUUUCGCCUCGGCAAAAACGAAGAGUUUGUCCUGGAAGUACUAUCUCGCCCUGCUGCACCUGGUGGCAGUUGCAAUCGAGGGCGAUAAGGUUGAAAUUGUUCGCGUGAAAGGCAUUUUGAAGGACCUGUUCAAUCGAGUGGUAGAUGCCGGAGACUUUGAAACCUUCAUGAUCCUGAUGGUGAGCGCUAGGGAGAUUUGCAUGUCCAAUGAAAACGUUUUGGGGAACUAUUCCGGUUGGUAUAAGGCUACGAUAGGUGAAAUGAGUUACCGAAUCAAGAAGGAGCAGUUUGUGCAUGUGGUGGAACUAAUGACAAGAUUGAUCGGCCUGGAAAAGGAUCCGGAAGUGCUUAAGGUGCACAUCAACAUCUCGGUGAGUACUCCUCCAAAGUGUAUGGAGUUGAUUGUGAACUACAAACAACUAUGCAGAGCCCAUCUAGCUAAACUGCUCAAUGAAAGGACACGCGACAAUGUGAGCAUGGAUUGUGAAACGUCCAUUGUCAUCGAUGAUGAUUAAAAACCAUUGAUAGCUUUA